AAUAACAGGAGGGUGAAAAUUUUUUUUUCCCUGUUCUUCUCAAUUUUUCCUCUCAGAUGACAUCCUCCCUUCCCACUUGCUUGAACAUCUGUCCAUUGUUUAUAUGUUAGCCAUAAGAUCACACCUCGAAGGCCCCUUUCAGCUUCUAUAGUCCCAGCAAAUUCAAACUUAAGAGUCUUUACUAAUGGAACUCCAACUCCAAAAACACAGAAAAACUACAAAUUAAGAACAAAACGCUAAGAAAACAAAGUUAGAAGGCCAAGCUGCCUGUGCCUUCUUCCUUCUGCUAAUAUGGACGGAGCGUACGGUCUGCACUCGACGGUGGCGGGCUACUCAGACAAGGCGUUGAUGUCGCCGGAGGAUUUGAUUUUACAAUCGGAGUACCAGAGCUUGCUGUCUUCAGAAACUCUUCGGCUGCGGAUUCCGAUUCUUGGAUCCGAAGAGUUGCUUUCAGAGGCGGCUUCGAUCAGAACAGAAGAAGAUAUGUCCGCUUUGAUCAAAGCCAAAAUUGCCUCGCAUCCUUGCUAUCCUCGUUUACUCGAGGCUUAUAUCGAUUGCCAGAAGGUAGGGGCGCCUCCGGGGAUAGCGUGUUUCUUGGAUGAAAUCCGGCGAGAAAACGACCUUUUCAAGCAAGGCGCUGUCUCCACGUACUGGGGAGCUGAUCCCGAGCUAGACGAGUUCAUGGAAACCUACUGUGAUUUGUUGGUGAAGUAUAAAUCUGAUCUUGAAAGGCCUUUCGAUGAAGCAACAACCUUCUUGAACAAGAUUGAAAUGCAGCUUCGUAAUCUCUGCACCGGUGCCUCCUUCAGAAGCCUCUCUGGUCAGUCUCUUUCUCCUUCUAUGGAAGAUCCUUUGACUUUUGUGCUAUACUUGUGUAGUCUUCUCUGUUAUUGCAUUAUUAGUGCAAAUUACAAUCUUAUCAUCAUUAUCAAUGCGUCUCAAGUGCAGAUUCGUGUGUUUUUACUCAUGGUGUUAAUAAUACAUGAAACCCACGAGUUUGGCCAUGCUUUCCUAGUCCUACCUAGUUACUGACAUUUUUCGUUUUUU